GCAGCAGGCGGAGUCAAUCUGGCGAUCUGGCAGGUGUGUGCGCGCUGGGAGUGGAGGGCUCUGGGGGACUGUCAACUCCUGGUCUCGGGAUGAGAAAUGUGCACACAAGAAUUCUUCCAGGCUCAGCGGAGCCAGUUGGUGGGGCAGCUGGCCUUAAGGUCGUUGGAGAACUUUGAAAGUAUCUUGGACUAUCUGCUGUCUUGGGAAGUGCUUACUUGGGAGGAUUAUGAGAGUGUAAGCCUCCCUGGGCAGCCCCUGUCCACUUUGGCUCGACGCCUCUUGGAUAUUGUCUGGAAUAAGGGCGGGCAAAGCUGUGAGCUGCUCUUUGCUGCAGUGCGGAAGGCAGAGGGAGCAGAUGAGCAAACAGAACCAGAAAGCCAGUGGAGUCAGAAUGUGUCCUGUCCAGUCCAGGACCUGCAGAGACAUAGGCCGGUGAUUGUCAGGAAAAUCUAUGGCCAUGUGGAAGGCAUUUUGAACCUCUUACUUGAACGUGGUUUCAUCACCAAAUAUGAAUGUGAUGAAAUCAGGCUGCCGAUAUUUACGUCAUCUCAGAGGGCAAGAAGGCUCCUUGAUUUUGCAAAAGUAAAAGACAAUGGAGUGGCCCAGUUUCUCCUCCAACACAUCCACCAAUUGCCUGUCCUGCCAGCCCCAUUCCCUGAUGCUAUUGCGUGUAAGAAGUACAUGGCCAAGCUGAAGGCCACAGUUUCUGCCCAGUCUCGUUUCCUUAGCACCUAUGAUGGCACCGAGAACCUAUGCCUAGAGAACAUAUACACAGAGAACAUCUUAGAGAUUCGGAAGGACCUUAGUGUCAGUGCAUCCAGCCAGAAGUGCCAUGACGCCGUGGAACUCCCAGACAUCUUCAGUGACAGUGAUUGCAUCAAUGAAGAUGCUGACACGGUGCUUUUGGUGGGAGAAGCCGGCAGUGGGAAGAGCACACUCCUACAGCAGCUUCACCGCCUCUGGGCCACGGGCCGGCACUUCCAGGAUUUCCUCUUUGUCUUCCCAUUCACUUGCCGGCAGCUGCAGUCUGUGGACAAGAUGGUCUCCAUGCAGACCCUACUGUUUGAGCAGUGUUGCUGGCCGGACGAGGGCCAAGAGGAGGUCUUCCAGUACCUGCUAGAUCAUCCCGACCAGGUCUUGCUCACUUUCGAUGGGUUUGAUGAAUUCAAGUUCAAGUUUACAGACAGAGACACACACUGUUCCCCAAAUGACCCUACGUCUGUCCAGAGCCUGCUGUUCAACCUUCUCCGAGGCAAUCUGAUGAAGAAUGCCAAGAAGGUGCUGACGAGCCGGCCCCAUGCCGUCUCCGCUUUCCUCAGGAAGUAUGUGCAGAAGGAACUGAGCCUGAAAGGCUUCUCCCAGGAAGGGAUUGAGCUGUUCAUGAGGAAGCAUCACAGUGACCCUGGGGUCGCGGACAGGAUCGUCCAUCUGGUGAAAGCCACCUCGGCCCUGCACGGUUUAUGCCAUGUGCCAGUCUUCUCCUGGAUUGUGUCCAAGUGUCACAAGGAGCUCCUGCUGCAUGGCUGUGGCUCCCUGAAGACGACCACAGAUAUGUAUCUUCUGAUCCUGCAGCAUUUUGUGCUGCACGCCUCCCCUGAUGAUGGGGGGUGGCACCCCAGGACUACUACCCUUCAGCCUCGGCUCCCUACCAUCCUGCACCUGGGCAGACUGGCCCUGUGGGGCCUGGGCACUUGUAACUAUGUGUUCUCUGCAAAGCAGCUCUGGGCAUCUGGGGUGGAUGAGGAGGACCUUUCCUUGGGCUUCCUGGUUCGAUCGAAGAGCUUUUCUCAGGAGAGCUCGGCUCCUAUGGAAUUCCUGCACAUUACUUUUCAGUGCUUCUUUGCUGCUUUCUAUCUAUUGCUUGGUGCUGAUGUCACCCCCUCAGUGAUCAGAUGCUUGUUCAACCAUCACAAGAAGCCCAGUCGAUCCCUGGCUUGGCUGUUUCCUAUGUCCUGUGUCCAGUCCCCUGAGGGAGAGGAGGAGAGUGUCACAGCCCUCCUGCAGAAAGCUGAACCCCACAACAUCCAGAUCACUGCCGUUUUCCUGGCUGGCCUACUGUCCCACAAGCACUGGGGCCUAUUAGCAGAGUGCCAGGAGGCCUCCACCCCACUCCUCCAGAAACAGAGCCAUGUCCGGUGGUGCCUGGCCCGAGGGCUCAAGAGACACUUCCAGUCUAUUCCACCAGCUGUGCCUGGUGAGGUCAAGAGUAUGCAUGCCAUGCCUGAAUUUGUCUGGUUGAUCAGGAGCCUCUAUGAGAUGCAGGAUGAGCACCUGGCCCGGGAAGCCGUGUGCAAACUGGAGGUUGGGCACCUGAAGGUGACUUACUGCAACAUUGGUCCUGCGGAAUGUGCUGCUUUGGCUUUUGUGCUGAAGAAUCUCAAGCAACCUGUGGCCUUACAGCUGGAUUACAAUUCAGUGGGAGACAUUGGCGUGGAGCAGCUCCUGCCGUGCCUACGCAUCUGCCAGGCUCUCUACUUGAGAGAUAACAACAUUUCUGACCAAGGCAUCUGCAGGCUGGUUGACCAAGCUCUGCAGUGUGACCAAUUUCAGAAGCUUGCGUUGUUCAAUAACAAGCUGACGGAUGACUGUGCUCACUCUUUGGCCAGCCUUCUCAAGCACAAGCAGAACUUCUUGGCAUUGAGGUUGGGGAACAAUCACAUUACUGCAGUAGGAGCCAAGGUGUUGGCAGAAGGCCUGAAAGACAACAAUUCUCUUCAGUUUUUGGGUCUCUGGGGCAAUGCAGUGGGAGAUGAAGGAGCCCAAGCACUCGCAUCUGCCUUGCAUGACCACCGCAGCUUGAAGUGGCUCAGCCUGGUGGGGAACAACAUUGGCAGUCUGGGUGCCCAGGCCUUAGCUCUAAUGCUAGAGAAGAACGUGUCACUGGAGGAACUCUGCCUUGAAGAGAACCAUCUUCAAGAUGAAGACAUGUGUACCCUGGUGCAUGGACUUAAGAAAAAUUCAAGUUUGAAAGUUCUUAAGCUUUCCAACAACAGCAUUUCCCAACAAGGUGUUUCUGCCCUCCUUCAGGUUCUGCAAAGUAAUACUUCUAUCAAAUCAGUCUGGCUCAGAGGGAACACUUUCACUCCAGAGGAAAUCAAGCAGCUCAGCCUCAUGGAUACCAGACUUUUGCUCUGAUCACCAAGAGCCAAUUUGUUUGGGGAGUUUUGAGUUUCGACCUUGUAUACUAGAAAAUUUGGUUUGAUGUAGAAUUCUCACAUUCAGAUUGAACUUUGUUCUUCCCUGUUCCUGUUAGACCCUGGAUGUUGAGUUAGACACUAACACUUUCAGACUGGAGCAGUAUUUGAUACUUGAGGAUCUCUCUCUAAAGUUUAUUUCCAUCAAACCAUCCCCAGAUUCCAUCCCUGGAACACAGAGACUGUAAACUGAAAUCUGAAUAACAUAAUGUAGUGAAUCCCUCUGGAGGUUGGUCAGCAUCUCUUGGGUGGGUAAAAUAAUAGUCUUACGCUUCACCCAUCUGAGGCAGAGAGAACUAAGUUCUGUUAGCUUUGAGUGUCAGCUACUAUACAGAAUACUGCCUAUUUAUGGUUAAAGGGGAGGAUUGGGGGAUAGUGAUGAACAUUAAGGACGGAAAAGUUCAGGAAGAAUGAAUGUCUCCUUUACCCUUGGUAGCUUUUUCUCCUGGGCCUCAGGUGCCAUCCUAGAUCACUGCCCUGAAUCCAUACUUCUGUCAUGAAUCCUGGGCCCUGAUACUGCAUCUGUUUGCCCUUCCAGUCAAUCAAUCAACCCAUUAACCAACAAGUAUAUGUUAAAUGUACACUGUGUACCAAGUACUGGCCUAGGUCAAUCACAAAGAAACAUAGAAAUAAAAACAUGAGUUAGGCCUUGCACUCAAGGAGCUUACAUUCUACAUACACAACGCAUACUACCCUGUUUUGGUGCUUCUUAAUGUGUUGAAUGGGUCAGGAUAUUUCUUCUCUCAGUUCCUUAAUUUUAUAUAUAUAUAUGUAUAUACAUAUACAUAUAUGUAUAUAUAUCUCCACUAGGUCAGGGCUAAGAUCUUCUUCUUCUUUUGGUAUUUACAAUACUAUUGUGAAAGGCAGCUUGAUAGUGAAUGCUUAUUCCCCUAUUCGGUUCUAAAACUGCAAGAAAACUAGGAAUUUGGGGGUCAUCCUGUAAUAAGUUGGCUACAAGUUCAGAUAUGAGGGACAAAACUAUGUGAACCGAACUACAUGUCAAAAUUUCUUUUAAAUCAUAUAAAAUGUCCAUAAAUAGAUGGAGUCUUUGGAAACCAAGACUCAUUACAUUGCAGCAUUUUAAAGUCACUUAAGGACUGAAUUUUGAGAGGUGUCAGAUGGUUUUCUAAUUUGAUGCCUUUGGAUUUUUGUAUGUGAAAUGAACUCUGUUGAGAUAUUUUUUGGAUAUAAAUUCUGAAGCAGACCUCUGACAGUUGUUUCUCUGAUCUGGGCUUGCUAGUAUUGGAAUAUUUAUGUUUAUUAAGUUGCAUAUGAAAAACUUCCUGGAAGGAUCUCUGAUUUCUUUCAGCAUGGGGAGUUACUGGUGUGAGAAAUCUAUCCAUCAACACAGUCUGUGCUUUAGUCCUGGGAAACUCCCUAAGACACAGAGUGGUAAAAUGACUUGUGUUGAUUCACAGAGCUAGGAAAUGUCAGGGGUGGGAUCUGAACCUAGGACUUCCUGACUUUAAACCCAGUACUCUAUUCACUAUGCCAGGCUGACUGUAUGGAGGCUUGACAGAUCAACCAACAAACAAAUUAUUGAUCGUCUGCUGUGUUGCAGGCACUACUCUAGGCACUGGGGAUUGAUUUAAAUACAAAAAUGAAUCAGCCCUCCUCAAGGAGCUUGUGAUCUAUCAGGUGCAAAGUAAAGCCCUGACCAUUAAAAAAAAAAAAUACUGCCAUAACUCUUUGUCUUUCUGGAAAUACAAAGCCCAGAGAGAGCAGUGAUUGUGGGGGAGGAUAGGUUGUUAAUAUUUAUAAAGCACUUUGUAUUUCUUAAAGUUUGUAUUUUUAUAGAAAAUGUGACUGUGUACUUUUAUGUAAAAAUUAAGCUCUAAGUAUACAUAAUAUUAAAGUAUUUUGUCACUAAA